GAGGUUGGUGGGUGUCUACAGAGUAACACGCAAACCGAGCUCGCCAACCAGUUUUCAGUUAAAACUACCGCGGGAACCGUUCUGGCCGCUUAACUGAUACAUUAGGCCAGUAAGUGUUAGUGUUGUGACACAGGUUUACAGACAUGAUUUGAUGACAAUUCAUCGCUAUUGUAAUGACCCGCUACAAUUCGUUUCAUAGUUUGCCUCCGUAGAAAAUGGUUCCUCGCAUCUGGCGUGCUACAUUUUUCUUCUUAAUAUGGUUAUGUAAUGACGUCACGUCUAAGAGGAAUCACACGUUGAAACCAAGGGUCGUGUUGCCAGAGAAUUAUGUUAAAGAGAUGCGACCUCCUUCUCGCAAAGGGGAUCCCGUCGUUGUCGAAUUCAGUAUCUACGUGGUUGACGUUAAUUCCAUAAACGUUGAGGACAUGGACUUCAGAGUGGAUAUGUUUAUACGACAAACUUGGAUCGAAAGCAGACUACAGUUACCAGAGGACAUUUUUGAGGAAGGUGACGAUCAUGUUACUCUGCCUCCAGAAUUCUUCAACAAUCUUUGGCAUCCAGACCCUUACUUCCUAAACUCCAAAGUAACGGGAGGAGCUUGCCAUUUUUGUCACGAAACUGCUGAGAUAGCCGAAUUGACUCAUAAAUUUUCGUCAGUGACCUUAUACCGAAACCAGACAGUGAGGUAUGCGGCCCGAAUGCACGCUAUCAUUGCUUGCCAGAUGGAAUUUCAGCUUUAUCCGAUGGACAUACAAUCCUGUCCUAUUUACAUAGAAAGUUUUUCCUAUAGCAAUCAAAAAGUGAGAUUCCGCUGGAGUGUGGCAGGUGUGACUAUCAAUCCAGAACUCAAGUUAUUACAAUAUCAUAUCGGUGAACCGCUGCGUCUGGAAGAAACUAACGGUUACAUGAUCGAUAAGGACGGUAACUACUCCAGACUUGUGGUUUACUUUAGAUUUGAACGUCAAAUUGGUCAUCAUUUAAUUCAAACCUUUGCACCUUCCUCCCUUGUCGUGAUGUUGUCCUGGUUUAGCUUUUGGUUGGAUCUAGACGCAAUACCCGGUCGAGUUACAUUGUUAGUUACUUGCAUGUUGACGCUUGUUACAAUGUUUACUGGAUUGAGAGCCGACAUACCGCCAGUGGCGUAUGUAAAGGCAUUGGAUCUUUGGAUGGCGGGCUGUAUGAUGUUCGUCUUCGCUGCUUUAGGGGAGUUCGUGGUUGUAAAAGUGUUAGACAAACAAUAUCAAAUGAACAAAACAAAAGCUCAAGAAUCGAUGCCUAGAAUAAUUCCUGUGCGCCUUAAUGGUGAAAAGGGAUCUUGUGGCACUGUCGCUGCGUGGGAGGGAAGCGGAGUUCGAUGUAGGAAAGUGGACCUAACCUCUCCGACAUCACCUCCCGCAACUACCCCGGCUGCACACCAAGUACCAGGAGCAACUGCUCAUCUGGUGGGAGUUGAGAGGCGCCAAAGUAUAUUACAGGUGGCGUGGCUAGACGCGGACACCGGCCAAGAAAGAGUUUUAUGGCGAGAAAUUGACAAGCUUUCGCGGGUUGUAUUCCCGGCAUUAUUUUUAUUAUUUGUUACAAUGUACUGGCCAGUACUGUUAUUGAAAACUAAGGCAUCUUUGUAGGAUACUGCUUCUUCUAGUGUGUCUUAAAAUACUCGUUCGCUUCAAGAAAAAUGUAAGAUGAAAAUGGAUAACGAAAAAUCUACAAACGAAACGCAUAAGUUAACAAAUGUGAACAGAAUAUAAAGUCGCUAAAUAAGUAGAAUAGGAAAUGAAUGUAUUGUAUAUAAAAUGUAGGGAAGUUAAGAAAGUUCAAUUUAGUAAGGUUAGUCCAGAAUCUUCUUUUUCUAAACGCUUCAAUGUUGAAAAAUCAAGGUUUAGUGUUUGGAAAAUUUUGUUUAUAUUAUUCACUGCUUAAAUAUCAGCCCAGUUACAAAAGAUAUUUCAGGUUACAAAAACUUCUGUCAAACAAACCUUUACUUUACAUCUGUAGGUAUAAAUGUAUGUAGGUAUGUAUGUAUAAAUGUAUCAGCAAGUAAUGUAUCUAGAGUUUAAACUUGUUUUAAAUAGUUACUAAAUUGUUUUCUUCUAGUUCUCAAAGUUACAAUUCGGGGUACAUUUGAUUACAUAACCAGAUGUUGACUUUGUACACUCAGCACGAGCUUGGUAAACAAAAAUCGAUACUGAAGAUAGACUACGACAUAUGUUGAGAGUAAAGUCAUACCAGUGGAAUGAAAUGUAUAGGAAAUUGAAUUUAUUAAAAAAUAUACCUAUAUAUAUUCUCAGAACUAUAUAAAAUAAACAAUAUUACUAACAUGACCAUCUGACAUAUGAAAUGACAACCUUAACUUGAGCUCAUAUAACCCAGAGAAAUGGGUAUGUUAAGAAUGGUGACUUUAAGUAAUAUAAACGUUAUGUCGUGGUUAUUCUGUUAUCUUCAAUUUUAUUCGCUCGGCAUUUUUGGUAAAUCUAAGCUACUACUACUCACUAAGCUCCGUAUUUUUAAAUAAAAAUUUUAGAUUAUUUUUCAAACAACCCCAAAAGUUGAACAUUUGUCUUGAAUAUGGUAUAACACACAGGUGGCUGGAUACUUUUGACAUUUUAUAUCUACUGGCGAUCCCAAGGUGUCUAGCGAAAUUUUGGCACAGUUGUGAUACUUCUUGUCUAAGUAAUAUUUUCAUCUAUUUUGAUUGGACUGUACAAAUAUUUUGUUUUAGAAAUAAAAUAUUUUUUUAUGAAAUUUUCAUUAUCACAGAAUUGUUGACAAAUUAAAUUAUGUGUAGAGUAAAAAUGUUUUCUUACAAUAUUUAAGACAUAGUACAAAUUUAUUUCUAGUUUUGCGUCAUACUUAUAUCUUUUUUAGUUAGAAUCAAAAUCAUAUAUUUCGUUAUGUGGUAAAAAUAUAUGAAUUAAGAAUAAAUAGAUAUAAUUUUUAUUUAUAAAAAGCUUUAAAUAGAUUUUAGAUAUUUAUUAUUGAUUAAUUUUAUGUAAAUAAAUAUAUAGGUGCUUUCAAACUAAAUCAUUAAUAUAGUUCGCCUUUUAUAUAUAAUGCCAAUAUAUUUAUUAAUUAUAUUAGAAGUAAAAAUAUAUGUAUAUCGAUAUAGGCGUAUAAUUACGACGCAUUCAAGGAAUAUUAUAAAAUACGAAGUAUAAUAAAAAUGUCCUUAAUAUUUUAUUUAUAAAUCGUAAUUGAAAAAAGGGACUGACGAAAUAAGUAUUAAAGUACAGCCUGUAGGAGUCUAGUGGUCCAAAUAUUAUUUCAAGGACACGUAAUCACGUCGGUCAGAGCAGCUCACGUAAAAAUAUCAUUUGUAUUGUAUCUCAUAUUUUAUGAUACUUGAAAGAAAGGAUGAUAGCUCUUAUGCUAUCUCGAUACCACCAGAUAAAUCGAACACAACAGUUAAUAAACAUUUUCUUAUAAAUUACUUAUCAGGAGCCUACCGGCUCAGAUACUUUUUUCAUUUAUUACCAAUUACCUGAUAACAUAAUAAAUUGUCUGAGUUGAUAGUUCUAUUUUUUAAAUUUGUGUCUAAUAUUAUAAAAAUUUAUUAUAACAUAAGAAAAUUUAUUUCAACAAUAAUAAACGUGUUUCUACUUCGGCCUUUUUUAAAUGUUAUAACAUUUUAAUUCUUAUUUCAACGAAGUAACAUAAUUUUUUUUUUAAUAUUUUAUUAACUUUAAUUGUAAUGAUGGUUUAUUAGUUUACUUAAUAUUUUUCAAAUGUAGUUUUGAAAUUUCGAUCAUUACAAUUCUAAUUUUUUUUAUAAAAGACCGUUGUUAUUAAGAAAUUUCUUUAAAUUCAUUGUAUUUAAAUAUGAUUUUCAUACAUUGGGAUAUUGAAUAAUAAUUGAGAAUCUUACUGUAUAUUAAGGAAAUCAUUUUACUAUUUACAUACCUAUGCUGUAUAAUAUUUAUUCUGAUAAUGUUUUCUUUUUUCGUGUGCCGAACUGUUGUCGCUGGUUACCUUAUGUUGCUGGUUGUGAAGAAAAAAACGUUAAACAUUCUGAAUAAACGAUAGUACAAAAUAUUGAAAUAAAAAUAGUUAUAUUAAUUUGGAAAAAAAAUUAACCGAUAUUUUUUCACGUUUUUCAGUGACUGUACUAUUUGCUUUUACAAUAAAAAUAUAAAAAUAGAUCAAAA